AUGUCCGACCCCGAGCUGCAUGCGCAGACGCAGCUCAGUCUUGUGAGAGCCCGCGAGAGGGCUCGCGUGCGCGAUCUACUUAGGUACUACAAAACGGAUACAAAACCAAGAGCACCGCUCAAAGAGAACAUCCCCUGUGGUUUUUCUGAUAUCUACGCCGCCGGACAUGCCGCUCCAUCCAUCGCCCUGGCAUCUGCAUCUGAGGCUCAAAAUGACAUACCCGACGACUCGCAAUUGCUGUCGCAUGACCCCACGUUGACUGCAUUCGCACAACUGGGUGCAUUUCGAAUGAACUGUGAACGAAGCUUUAUCUCAAUUAUGACCCCCCAGAAUCAGUUCAUUCUGGCUGAAGCGACAAGGAGCGUGUCUUUAUACUCACAAGAGCAAUGCGACGAGGGUGACGAGGUAUACUUGGGCCCCCGAGUCUUGGAUACGAUAUGGGGGGUAUGCCCGAAUACGAUACAAGUAUUUACUGCUCAGGAUGACAGCCUCGAUGUAGCUACAUCCAGUGUCAUUGCCAAUCGGGAGUGUUACGUUAUGAACGAUAUGUCUGCAAUGGACAGCUUCAAAGAUCGGCCGUAUUGUAUUGGAUGGCCAUACAUGAAGUUCUAUGCAGAGGUUCCGAUCCAUAGUCCUUCAGGUCAUGUCAUUGGGACGUACUGUGUUGUUGACAAUAAGCCAAGAGAUGGGCUCAGCAAAAAGGGCCUCGGUAUAUUAAACGAGAUAUCUUCCGCUAUUAUGAAACAUCUUGAACUUGUCCAAAUGCAGCAUGACUUACAAAGAGCGGGCAGAAUGGUGAAAGGAUUGAAUUUAUUUGUGGAAGGCAAAGGCGCUCUACAAGACUUUGGUGGAAAUGAAGCGAACAAACUGAAAACACUCCAAGCACGCCCCCAUAUUCACCCAACUGGCUCAGCUCAAACUUUGACAACUGCAUCGGAUAGACAGGAAAGUGCCCAAGAUAGUACUGAUGGUUUGGCCAAGACCGCCCAUCUAUCAAACCACAAUCUCUCUGAAAAUGCGGCUCAAACGACUCGGUCCGCGUCUUCAGCAUCUGCUACUGAUUUUACCCACCCGUCAACCCCCUCUUCUGGUCUUGGAACAAGAGAGCGAAAGUUAUCAUCAGAUAGCAUUGCAACAAUCCAGGAGAUAUCCUCCGGUGCGAUGAAGCAAUUAUUCUCUCGCGCGUCUUAUACUAUUCGAAAGGCCCUUGACUUGGAUGGUGUCAUGUUCAUCGAUGCCUGUGUCCGCGAUAUCGCCGUUGAUCUAGCUACAGCUGCCCCAGAAUCUCCGCUUCCCGAGCCCUUAAAAUUUCGGGGUAUGUCUGAUAUACCUUCUGACGAACGAAAAGAAUGGUCCAGUGAGAGUGGGGAAAAGGGUUCUAUUCGCUUCGUUGACGAUCCAGCAGCAAGUCAGAAAUCUAUGGCUAAGACACUUCACGCCCCUUACUUAUCAUCAAGCGAAUUACUAGGGUAUUCUGCUCAGGCUUCGAAUUCCGCUGAUGCCUUAUCAUCACAACGGAUACCGCUACCAAAGUCGACCUUGCGAGGCCUCUUAGGAAAGUACCGAUAUGGACACAUAUUUGAUUUCGAUGAAGAUGGGUCUCUUGUGCAAACAGCGGACAAACCUUGGAAAAGUGACACUACUGAAUCUGGGGUCGAUGCAUCGGAAAAUUCGAAUAGCGAGAAGGAGAAGGAGGAGAAGGGAGAGGAGAAGGAGAAAUUGUGGACUAAACAGUUGCUGGAUGUCUGUCCUGGCGCAAGGUCCAUCAUCUUCCUAGCACUUUGGGAUCCUCAACGAGACCAAUGGUUUGCAGGAAGUCUGGCGUGGAGCAAGAACUCAACACGAACUCUAGAAUCGGCAGAUAUUGGUUAUCUAGCAGCAUUCGGAAGUUGCAUAAUGUCGGAAAAGUCUAGACUGGAUGCCCUCACAGCUGAUCGCGCCAAAGCGGAUUUCAUUUCUUCAGUCAGUCACGAACUACGCUCGCCUCUCCACGGCGUCCUAGCAAGCGCAGAAGCUCUACAGGAAACUCCGACCAAUUCGACACAAGAUGAAAUGAUUCGAACAAUAACGGUCUGCGGGGGGACACUUCUAGAUACAAUGGAUCAAAUUCUGGAUUACGCUAAGACUAGCCUUUCGACAAACCCAUCAUCAUCACGAUUCGAGAAGAGUGUUUCGCAUAACAAAAGGACCACAAAUCUAGAUUUGAGCCAACUUGUAGAGAAUGUCGUUGAAGGCGUCUCUGUUGGUCACAAUUAUCGGAGAUCAGACAACACACAUGAGCACAUGGGCCAUGAUGCUUUGCAGAUGAAUGUUUUGGUUAUUGUAAGCGUCGACUGGCAGACUUCAUGGAACCUUGAAUCAGACGUUGGCAGUUGGAAGAGAAUCAUCAUGAAUCUCUUUGGAAAUGCACUCAAAUACACGACUUCCGGCUUCGUACGUAUCUCCCUCCGGGCGAAUACAAUAUCCGCGGACUCAUCACGGCCAUCCCAACAAGUCGUCACCCUUCAAAUCGAGGAUUCGGGUAAGGGAAUGUCACAGGAUUAUCUGAGACAUGGUCUUUUUACGCCCUUUACCCAGGAAGAUCCUCAUGCUGUCGGCACUGGCCUUGGGCUGUCUAUAGUCCGUCAACUGGUGGUCGAUCUCAGGGGCGAAAUUGAUGUGCAUAGUGAGGUAGGGUAUGGGACGACUGUCAAUGUCUCUGUGCCCAUUGGGCCUCCUUCAAAACCUCAAACUACGACAAUCCAGGAAAACAGUUCCUUUAUCAAGGAAAUCAAGACCCGGUGUCAUAGAUUGAAACUGUGUUUCAUCGGUUUCGAAUACUACCCGGAUAUUGCAGAAACACCAAAUGGCCUUCUCAGUGCUCAUGCAAGAUGCAUACUAGCUAUGAAAGAAUCUCUUACUGCAAUGGCUGCUGACUGGUUUGGUCUGGAAGUUACUACGGCUUCUUCCGCCGAUUCUGCGAACGGAGACAUUUUGAUGGGCCUUCGAUCCAAAUCAAGCCUUCUAAAGAGCAACCGUGUGUCAAUACCACCAUCGAUCAUCUUUGAGGAUAUCACAGCAGGAGAUGACAUUGGCAGCGGCAAUGGCGUGGUUUCCCUUUCACAACCUGCUGGUCCUCACAAGCUAGCGAGAAUCUUGGCGCAGUGUUUGGACUAUAGAAAUUCGUCCAUUAGACUGCCAACUUUGCAGGGUGGCGAAAAGCCAGGUAGUCCGCCAGUCUUUCAGGAGGUAUCCAGUCACCGAAAUGAUAAUCGUCCGGAUAUUCUAGAAAUUAUACCUUCCGGAGAGGCUUCCAAUUCGCCGAACUCUCCCAAUCACAACGGGCUGCCCGGUCCAGCCGCAAUAGAAGAGAAGAUUACAAUUGCCGUCAGCAAAAUGACCUUGGAUCCCGAGUCAACCAAAUUGGCUGUGCCACAAAUUCCAUCUAGAUCAAAGGUCCUUCUCGUUGAAGAUAAUAGUAUCAACUUGAAGAUUCUAGUCAACUAUAUGAAGAUUGCGAAGCAAGACUACAUCACAGCAGUUAACGGCCUAGAAGCCCUCCACAGAUUCGAAGAAGAGCCCUGCUCAUUUAAAGUGAUCUUCAUGGAUCUUGCAAUGCCCGUAAUGGAUGGGUUGACAUCAAGUCGACGCAUACGAGCCUACGAAAGCAAAAAUAACAUCCCUCGAACCCGUAUCGUAGCUCUGACUUGCUUCUCGUCGGCGGAAUACCAACGAGAUGCUGCUUUGAGUGGCAUUGAUAUUUUUCUGAUUAAGCCCGUGCCAAUGAAGACGCUUAAACCUAUCCUCGAGAUGGAGCCAAAUGAUGUCAGUACUGGGGAUUGA